AUGCCGCCCACCCGCGAUUCUCUGUUCAACCAUAAGGAAUCCUUGGCUGUUCUUGUGCUCAUUUCUUUUGAGGCAAUAUGCAUUUCGAUUCUGGAAGGACUGGUCAUCAAGAACCAUCUUGAACUUGUCAGCAAUUGCCAAAUGGACAACAACGGGAAAGGUGUGAGCGAAUCGGAUUUGAUCUAUCAUGGAUUGUUUAUCGUUAGCCAGGUGUUUCAGGUCAUCCUCUGUCUAGACGCAUUGCAUCAGCGGAACACAGCCCAAUUAUGUACAUUGGUCAUUUUUGGACUGCUUGUUGUAGGAAUCCAGUUGCAGCAACAUAUGAUCCUGGAGGAAGUGGGUUGUGGCUCCAAUGAACUAUGGGCACCCGUUGACCCCCGUUGGCCAGACACCGUCGAGGGUCUGGCAGAAGCCAAAAAAUACUAUCAAGGAAAAAUGCGUCCUCUGGAAUAUACCAUUAUUGCUCUGAUCCCGGCGUUUUUCGUAGCCAUUGCCGGCUUUGCAUGGCGAUUACGAAAACAUUUCGCUUGGGACAACUAUCGUACGUUUUCGGCUGAUGUGCGUGUGCGGAGCGCGUUGAUUACAUCGAGUGUCUUGCUGACGUUCCUGAAACUGGAUUUUUAUUUCAUUUUUUCAUUCGGUGCCCAGCUGAUCCCAUCGCAGAAACUGCAUUACGAUGAAACCGUGGCCGAGAUUAUCCUUGUGUUUGUCUUUGGAGCGGUUGGACUGCUUAUCGCCAUCGUUGGCGUUUAUCGUGAGAACAUGUAUUUCAUGGCGGCGUCCAUCAUGGCGGGCAUACUAGGUGUUGUUUAUUUCGUCUAUCGACUCGCGAAAAUAUCGGUCCCUCGGCCACUGACUUACGAUCCUUACACCUUUACACGGCGGUUUUUAAUUUUUACCACCGCCAUCGCCAUUGCCAUUCUAUUAGUGACAUUGAUCUUAGCCAUUCAAUGCGUAUGGAACUUUAAGAAAGGUGUCCGAGUGUACGAGAAACGAAAAGCGGACGAAAAGCGCCCAAACCAAUCCGAUCUCCCCAUCGAACACGAACUCGCCGAUACUUAUGAACUGGACUGUAAACAGGAGCUCCACCAUGGCGCCGAUGCUCAAAAGACGCUUCUUGGCGAUAAGGCCCGUCAGAACCGCGAUUCAUGGACUAUUGAAUGA